UUCUUUUUCCUUCUUAUUGGUUGAUUCUUUGGUCAAUAGAAACUGAAACUAUUAAGGAAACUUCAUUCAUUCAUCUCUCUAUUCAAACUAGUCUCACUCUCAGGUGUUGUUUUUGUUCCUCAAUUUAUUUUUCCUUAUAGAGUUCAUUUACUUAUUCUAUCUAAUUAAGGCUUCAAAUAUCUCAUCAAUUCAUUUUUCUCCCUCUCUGGGGUUGGUGGCUAAGACACAUUCCAAAAUUAAAACCAUUCAAAUAUUUUGUACUUUUUAUCAUCAUCUUUUUCUAUUCUUUUCAAUUAAAAAUAAUAACCAUUCCUUAUAAUUUAAUGAAGAGAAAUUAAUACUCUCUGAAUUUUCAAAACCCAUUUAGAUUUUUCAUGUGUUGAUUAAAUUGAAUUAAAUACCAUAUUCUCAUGAGUUAAUAGAUGGAAAAAAAUAUUAAAUUUGUUGAAUUAUUAUUAUUUUUUGUAUUAAAUUUUUUGUAUAUGUGGUAAACUCAUACACAAGGUAAUAAUCGCCGUUGUUUUGGUUAUUGAAGAUUUUUGAGAUUAUAUUAUGAAGACACGUAGAACAAUUUCUUAAUUAGCCAUUCAAAUCUGAAAAAAUUUAAAACUUCCCAAACACUUUUCUUUAAUAUUUUCCCUUAAUAACUGCAUGCUCUAAACCAAGACAAAGAAAUUAAUUUACCAAACAAAACCACAUCAAGGUUCUUAAUUUUUUUUUAGUAUAAAUACAGAACAACUCUGUUCCAAAUACACACAGAAAAAAAGUAAAAAAAAAAAAUAAAGUUUCACAAAGAGGAAGAAAAAUGGAGCAAGAAGGUGUUGAUGGAAGAAGAGGUGAAAUGAAUAAACAAGUUCAGAUUCAUCCACCACAACCACCUCAAAAAUGUCCUCGCUGUGAUUCUUUCAACACCAAGUUCUGUUACUACAAUAACUAUAGCCUUUCGCAGCCUCGAUACUUUUGCAAAUCAUGCAGAAGGUAUUGGACUCAAGGUGGAACUUUGAGAAAUGUUCCCGUUGGUGGUGGUUGUCGUAAGGGAAAAAGAGCCAAAAACUCGUCUUCUACUUCCUCUGGGAAUUCUUCUUUGUCUCAGACACCAGUGUUAUCGUCUGCACAACAGCAGACGAUGGCUCUGGCUCUGAUGACUAAAGAUGCUUCCUUUUCAUCUGCUCUUCCUUUUUAUCAAGGUGGCGGCGGUGUUGGUGGUGUUGGUUAUAUGUCUUCAUUUGCAGGUUUUAAUAACAAUAAUCAAAUGAAUCUACCAUCAUCAACACACUCAAACCCUUUUGAGAAUGUUGGUGGUCAUUCAAAUUUGGGUCUUUUACAAGGUUUUAAUGUUGCUGCUGCUGCUCUUGGCAAUUCAACACAAGGACAAAAUCGUCCAUCUCAAUUCUUUCCAAUGGGUAUGUUCACUUCUGAACAACAACAAGGUUUGAAUUUGAUUCCACCUUGUUCUGGUUCUGGCUCUGGUGUUGGUGUUGGUGCUCUUACUCAUCAUGAAAAUUGGACUCAAAGUUUCAUGAAUAAUAAUAGUGGUAAUAAUAAUAGGGUCAAUGAUCCUUCUCUUUGGAGUACUAUUAGCACCACCACUUCAAUUGGUGGUGCAAAUAACUCUGAUAGGAACCUAGGUGGUGGUAGCGGUGGUGGUGCUAGUGUCGGUGGUUCUUCUUCUUUGGCACCAAAUCAAUGGCCUGAUUUGUCAGGAUUCAACCCUUCUCAGUGAUCUUAUUGAGAUUUUGUUGCACCUUCAUGAGAGAUGAAUUAAUCUUUCAUGUUAUUCCGGCUUCAUUUAUGUUCAUGUCUUUUAAUUUUAAGUUAUAAGUAGAAAAUAUAUAUAGGUCUAUAUAUAUAUAUAUAGAGAGAGAGAGAGAGUAUAAUGAUAUGGUUGAUUGUGCAAACAUUGGAUCAUAGAUUUUUGCUUUUUCUUUUGUGGUUAUUAUUAUUAUAGGCAAAUUGCACAGAAAGAGUUUCUGGGUUGGAUUAGGUUGUUUUCAAAUUUUACAUAUAUAAUUAUAUAUUAUCAAGUGAAAUUUUGUUUU